AUGAGGCCUCUUGUUUCAUCUAGCCCUAAGUACGAUGUCGGUAUAUACGGCGUGAUGCAGAUAAUAAACUAUCAGACCAGGGGCGUUAAUUAUGAAGUAAUAGAGUCCAGCCGUCAUGUCACCUUGUACUGCUCCGGGCGAGACUUGGGCGGAGUUCGCACUGUGAUCAACAAUGCAUACAAGGUGAGGCAACGCGCGGAAAGGGCAAAUUCGACAGAUAUAAGACCCGAACAUCCCUCUUGUCAGUAUUCAACGCCGCAGCUCGAGAUAAGCUUCAUUCACCUGUUCUACAAAUCAUCGAAAAUUGACAUGAUGAAAUUGAUAUGUUUGAUUAUGGUGGUGGCAAUGACCUCUGCGGCUCGCCUGGAUCACCUUUUGCCCGGGUAUAGUUAUAACAGCGGUGGUAACUACAACGGCGGCAACAAUGCAGCGCCAUUCCGCUUCGAGAAUGUUAACAAUGGGGAUGGCAGCUACAGAUACAGUUAUGAUACACCUACUGGCAUAUCUGCUCAUGAGAGCGGAGCUCCACGUGCAGCCGGACCCGAGGGCCCCGCAGUGACAGCCGAGGGCGGAUUCUCAUACCGGGCCCCAGACGGGCAACAAAUCUCACUUACGUACACAGCGGACGAGAACGGUUUCCACCCUGUCGGCUCCCAUCUCCCCACUCCGCCGCCGAUACCAGCGGCCAUUCAGCGCUCCCUGGAAUACAAUAGACAGAAUCCUUCGUAA